GUAUGUGAUCCUGAGGGGACUCUGAAAACGCUUCGUCACCAGAAUGAGGGUGUACUGAGAAAUGCUGUAAGUUGCCAGUUGCUUUGACCACUAAGCGAUGCGCAGAACAUUGUCCAAUCUUCGUAAUCAGGUUGCCUCAACGUGUACAUUUUGUGUAUCUCAGGACGCCGGAGUAUUGUUGCAAACAGCAAUCAACGGGAACCUACCAAACAUAAAACAACAACACCUAAUGGACAGUACCAGCCAACCAGAGGAUCGCAACAUCCAAGCAGACGUUAGGGUGGAGGAACGCAACGUUCUCUGGCAGCCACUCGCGUGUCUAGGGUUCUUUGGUUCAAACACUUCGAAACUCUCUCCAUAUGUGAUGAUAAAAGGGCAGUGUGGGUUCUCUUUUUUGAUAGCUUCGUUUCCCUUUUCUCACUUAUUGAUCUAUUUUACAAUAUAGAUGUUGUUUGUUCGGGGUAGUAUUUAAUCUGCUUUUACAUCAGUAUUAUUCAAGUGAGAUCAAAGUGCCACCAUGCAGAAUAUCAUGAAGGUAAGAGUUUGGUUUACAUUACAACCAAGCGCGCGAAAACGGUUAGGGCAGUGCGCAGGCGCAGAGGCUCGCUAACACACAAGGCGUCUUUCCUUUCUUCUUCACGUCUCCUCUUCAUACUAAGCAUGCACCACUAACUAUUGAAUCUUAUUGUGUUUCAGAACGGUUUUGUGGUCUUUCCUAGCCUGGAGUCCAGCCUUGUCCGCUUUAGUCCGCCCCGAAGGCGCAACCCGUUGUUGGCGUGACUUAAGCGGACUCCAGACUAGGUCUUACCACCGCAAAACAAGACAUGUGACAAGCAAGUUAUCCCUAUCAAGUGGCGAAUUAAGGUCAUGCCAUAUUUCAUUUGGAAAGGGAUGGAAAGCACAUUUACAGUCUAUUGCGGGAUAACUUGCUUUCACAUGUAAGACAUUACUCCGGAAACACGUCCUCACUAUUCAUACUGUUUCAGCUGUAACAACAACUCAGAUGACCACUCCUGACGGUACUUCUGCCGCACCAGAGACCGUAGCGCCUGCUGAGGUACACACGUGGAAACCGAUCUUCACCCUACCGACACUACCUUCGGUAGUAGAUGGAGCGGGGCCGGAAGCCUUCGCCAUGUUGGAGUGCACGGGAGAGUACAUGCAGAUUGUGUUCCGUCGCUCACAUAUUCCCGACUUCGAUACGGGCCACCUGCACCUCAUAGACCCAUCGUGCAAAGCGACCGGAAACGCUACACACAUCAUUCUGACUGCUCCGUUGGAAGGAUGUGGAACUGUCAAGACGGAUACGGCCUCUGAAAUCAUCUACUUCAACAAGGUGCUCAGCAGCGACAACGAUGGCAUCGCCUUCAUCACUCGCAUCCGGGAGCUUGAAGUGCCGUUUGAAUGCCGCAUGGACACACGGGAUACCGUGAGCGCCAUGUUCAGUCCGCAGAUUGAGAAGAUCUUCUUCUUCAGGUCGGCUCAUGGGAAGUACAACUUCGACAUGCAGCUGUUUCAGUCAGCCACCUUCCAGCAGCAAAUAGAUACUUUCCCGUACGUGGUGCAGUUGAACCAGCCGCUGUAUGUGCAAGUCGAGGUCCUGACUCCGGACCAGGAUCUGCAGCUGUUCGCAGAGAACUGCAUGGCCACUCCGUCAGCGAACAUACUGGACCCCAUGUCUUACACAUUCAUCAGUGAUGGAUGCCCAGUGGACAGCACCUUUCUCUCACUGUCCUCAAGCAGCCUGAAAGAGAAGCGCUUCAGUAUCAACUCCUUCGCUUUCGUCAAGGACUAUCCUGAGGUGUAUUUGCACUGUACAGUGAUGGUGUGUAACGCCACAGACCUGAGUUCUCGGUGCGCCCAGGGCUGUCUGCCACCCUCAGCUCGACAGAAGAGAACUGCUCCUGGUGCCGAGCCGCGGUACAACGUGUACAAGGGCCCAAUUCUGAACCCAGGGUACAAGCGACCUGAUGACAUAGAUCUUGCAGAAGAGGUUGAGGAGAAUCGUGGAGCCCAAGUUCCUCCCAGUGUCAUGACAUCACUGGUUAUUGCUGUCGGGCUGCUGCUGUGCGUCGUCGUCACUUUGGUGGGCGUUAUCGCCUACAUGCGCAUGCGCACAGCCCACAAGAAGCUCUACGUGGCUCUGCCCACUGAUGACCUGGAGUGAAUGACCUCGCCUCAAAAUGGCGAUUUUCGUUGUUAUAGCUUUACUUGCUUGCGUGCGCCGUCAGACACAAAUGAUUGUAAUCUGCACACAGGAUUUUGUCUGCUCUCUAUAGCAACCGUAGUCUUAAAGGAUUUAAUUUCAAUAUUUGUGUAGUUCAUCUUAUAGAUGGAAAUUGUCUUUUGUUAUACCUUACAAUUCCCAAUACAAUAUCAGACUUCUGUAGUUAUAAUCUCCUCCACGAUAUCAGAAUUCACAAACCAUGGCCAGAACAUUUGUGGUAAUCAUCUAGUUGGCUAUUACUGUCUUUCUCUGUCGAUCUUCUGUAGAACAAAAAUGUCCUCACCAAUAUUGCAUGGAAAAUGGCCGAAAAUUGUGUACUUGAUGAAACUUCCCCAUUAGCGGAAUCGCUUUGUACUAUAUGAAGUACUUGCUUGCUGAAUAAACCGUGAACGCACGGCCGUUGUGCAAAAA